AUGGAGGGAAAAUCUGAUACGGGUGGUGGUGUGAAAUCGCCGCUGUUGGGGAGCGGUGGACGCAGUCGGCGACUGAGUCGAAGGAACUCAUAUAACUCACUCAGAAACGACUUCGUUUCCAGGCUCCCUGACAAUGUUCGAGCUGGCCUCGACCCCGAGUCGCCUGAAGGCAUCGACUACUCUCGAACCACAGGCUUAAACCGAGGGGAGAAGGAAUAUUAUGAAACCCAAUUUGCAACACUUCAAUCCUUUGAGGAGGUUGACUCUAUAGUGCAAGAAGACUGUAUCGACGAGGACGAUCUCGAGGAACGAGCACAACAUGAAAGAGCAAUGAAGAUUUCCAACUAUGCUAAUAUACUUCUCUUGGGACUUAAGAUCUAUGCUACUAUAAAGAGUGGGUCCAUAGCCAUUGCUGCAUCAACACUAGAUUCUUUACUAGAUCUCUUGGCUGGUGGCAUACUUUGGUUUACUCACCUGGCCAUGAAAAACAUCAAUAUCUAUAAAUAUCCUAUUGGGAAAUUGAGGGUUCAGCCUGUUGGCAUAAUCAUCUUUGCUGCUAUCAUGGCUACACUUGGGUUUCAAGUGUUGAUCCAGGCUGUCGAACAACUAGUUACAGAUGAUCCCACUGAAAAGAUGUCCUCGAGUCAAUUGGUGUGGCUGUAUGUAAUUAUGAUAUUUGCUACUGUGGUAAAACUUGCACUCUGGUUUUAUUGCAGGAGCUCAGGAAACAAGAUCGUUCGUGCCUACGCGAAGGAUCACUAUUUUGAUGUGGUGACGAAUGUAGUAGGAUUAGUUGCUGCUGUUCUUGCUAAUAGGUUCUACUGGUGGCUUGAUCCUGCUGGUGCUAUUCUCCUUGCUGUAUACACGAUUGUAAAUUGGUCCGGAACUGUUAUGGAAAAUGCAGUUUCCCUCGUGGGACAAUCGGCCCCUCCUGAAUUCCUACAAAAACUGACAUAUCUUGUCAUAAUGCACCCUGAAGUGAAGCGUAUUGACACAGUUCGUGCUUACACAUUUGGUGUUCUUUAUUUUGUGGAGGUUGACAUUGAACUCCCAGAGGAGAUACCCUUAAAAGAAGCACAUGCAAUUGGAGAAACCCUCCAGAUAAAGAUUGAGAAACUUCCCGAAGUUGAGCGAGCAUUUGUUCAUCUUGACUUUGAAUGCGAGCACAAACCAGAACAUUCUGUACUCGUCAAGCUUCCAAACACACAGCCCUGA